AACGUGCAUUGCGGAUACUAGCAAACAUGUCGGGUGUAGUGAAUGGAGGAGACUGUUGUUGAUUGAAACGUUUAUUUUCAUGAACAGCGACAUUAAUAUGAAAACAUUACUGCCCUGGAAACUCCUUUAAAUCGGAUAACUGAUAACUUUAAGGGAGUAUACCGAGGUAAGGAGCUGCUGCAAGUUGGGAAUGUGAGCAUUCAAUUGAUUAACCCCGCCAUUCAAAUGAGAAACUGCACUAUAAGGUGCAUUGAUAACUUCAGUUCUUGGUUUUUAAGAGGAUUUAUGAGGAACUGUAAUUCUUUUUAGCAAAAUGGAUAACUUUUUUACUCUUAUGUAUGAUCAAAGUUUGGUCAUUACUAUUGCAAAAUGGCACAUUGUUCACAACUCACAACAAACCAAGCCUGAGUUCAUAAUGAUAAUAUUGAUUAAAAAUAAUUCACCCUUUAAUGCCUUUUGUAUCAUAUUUGAAACAUACUUUUAUAUACUUAAAUCAAAUCAAUUGAUCAACAAAUUACUAAAGAAACACCUGAAUACAGUCCGGAAAAUGACUAAAAUGUCCUCUUGUAGUUUAUCAGUUUCCAAAAAUAUCUAAUAUAUCAAAGGAGAUAGAUGUGUUAAAUGUUAAGGACAUUUUAAUUUUUUUGGUUUUCAGUAGUAAGUGAAAUAAAUAUUUCAGCUCUAAAAAAAUUGAAUUUUCGGGCCAUAAUUUGUGGUGUCAGGCAUUAAAGGGAUAAAUAGAUACACAGGAAUAAUCAGGAAUCAUGAUUUGAAGAUGUUUCAUUCCUUGACUUGAAGGACAGUGGUCUGAUCUUUUGUGCAUGAAUUGUUGAGCCAUAACUAUGAUAGUGUUUUACAUAACAUGUUUCUUUAAUCUUCUUUCAAACACCUAAUUUGACUUUAAAGCUAGUCACAACUUUUAUAUUUACAAUGGAAUAAACUUGAUAUUUGGAUGUUUUAAUACCAGAAUUAAAAAUAUUGUGUAGUAAAUAAUGUCAAUCUGGGUGUUGUUCACCUUUUUGAUGCAGCUGCAUGUCAGAUAUUUUUUUUCCUUUAGAGGUUUAAAAAAUAUGAUGGAAAACUGUGAAAAGUUAUUAUCAGGCUUAUGUAAUUUGUGAUGUGUUAUUCUCAUAGAUUUUGUCAUGGCGUUCCCCCAACCCAAACCUCAGGCCCCUCAGCUUCCCCGACACCUGCUCAGGACCAUCGACUGUCAACAAGGAGCUGUCAGGGCUGUUCGCUUCAAUGGUAAAAUAGACUAAGGACUGAAAUAUUCAUCAAACUGUUUUUAAGACUUUUGAGAUGGCUGCAGCUUGUUUGUCAUGCCAAACAUUUGAUUUGAGUUAAUAUUUAAGGUGUGAAACACAUUUGCACAUGAUCUCAAUCAGUUGACAGCACAAGCCAAAUGCAAAACUUUUAUAUAGAAUAUGAUGAACAACCCCCUGAGCAUGAACUCUCCCAGUGAGAUCAGGUCUUUUCUUUUUCAUUUUUUUCAGUUAAAAUGGUUGAAAUAAUUUAUUGGGGCAAAUAUACCAGAUUUAUAUACUAGAUCAGUGUUACUCCCAAAGAUCCAUUCAUGAGAUGUCGUAUUUCUUACGUUUUCUAAUGCCUCAUGUCUGCUUGUUCAGCUGAUGGGAACUACUUCCUGUCCUGUGGCAGCGACAAAACUCUAAAGCUGUGGAGUGUGAGCAGAGGGACCCUCCUCAAGGCGUACAGCGGCCAUGGAUACGAGGUCCUGGAUGCUGACGGGUGAGAGAAACAUCAAAACUUUUAAUCACGUUUAAGGAAGGAAAAUCCACAUGUCACGUGUAUAUAAAUGAAAUAAAGUUACUCAAACUGUACUGGAGACAUCCUCAUUCUCAGUAUGAUGUAAAGACAUGUGUUUUUCCUGCUGGUUGUUUUAACAGAUCCUACGACAACAGCCAGCUUUGCUCCUGCAGCUCUGAUAAGACGGUGAUCCUGUGGGAUGUCGCCACAGGCCAGGUCACACGGAAACUCAGAGGACAUGCUGGAGUCAGUUCUGCUCCUUAAAGCUGUGAUUUUGUAGUUUAAAUCUUUAGAUAUAUUCCCUUAAUUCCUGUUUCUUUGGAUUUCAUUUGUUGUCUGUCUUCCUCUGAUUUUUUGCUCCCAGAAAGUUAAUUGUGUCCAGUUCAAUGAGGAAGCAACUGUCAUGUUGUCUGGUGAGUUUUUUCAUUUUAGUGCAUCUAUGUCAAAUACUGUCCAACCCUUUAAAACCUGCCGUCAUCCUUAUAUCUCCAAACUCAGAUGCUUGUUUAUUAUGUGUUUGUAUAUGUGUGUUGUCUUCUUCUAGGAUCCAUAGACGGGACAGUCCGGUGCUGGGACACCAGAUCCAGAAGAUUUGAGCCCAUCCAGAUUUUGGAUGAGGCUCGGGAUGGCAUCAGCAGCUUGAAAGUUGUGCAACAUGAGCUACUAACAGGGUGAGCAGAGUCAACUAUGAUGAAUUUUUUAAAUACUAUGAAAGCAUCUGCAUGUUAGAAUUCAUCUUAACAUUUUAAUAGUCAGAGAUAAAGUGACACCUUCUGAACAUAUCUCAAAACUAUUUCAGGUCAGUGGAUGGCAGAGUGCGGCGAUAUGACCUGAGAAUGGGACAGCUGCAUGUUGACUUCAUAAACAGUAAGUCAGCUUUUUUCAGGACCAAGAAAUGAUUAUUAAUAAAGUUUAUAGGGACUUUAACAAAGUAGUAACUGAUGCAGUAGUAGUUAUGUUUUUGAUGUGUUUUCUUUUGUAUAUUUAGAACUAUUGAAAUUAUAAAAAUGCUGAACUGUAGUGCGUAUCUUUGGGUGUGUCUCAGGUCCCAUCACAUGUGUGUGCUUCAGUCAGGACGGUCAGUGCACUCUGAGCUCCAGUCUGGACUCAGCAGUCAGAUUACUGGACAAGAGCACCGGGGAAAUGCUGGGAGAGUGAGUACUCCUCAGAUUUACAGUUAAUAAGGAUCUUAGGAAAAGUAUUUUAUGUGGUACUCGUUAGACAGAAGUUCACCUUAAAGUGAUUUUUAAAAUAAAAAAACUCCCAGGCUCUGCAGUUUGCUGGGAGUUUGAUUGCACAGCUGCAUACCACUGUACUGACUGUGUUUUAAAGUGCUUCGUAAAAAAGUUUUGUGUAUUUGUGCGCUUCUUUCCCUUAGAUAUACAGGACACAAGAUGAAGGGCUAUAAGCUGGACUGCUGCCUGUCCAGUAAAGACACUCAUGUCCUGAGCUGUUCAGAGGACGGACACGUCUACUGCUGGGACCUGGUGGAGGUAAGUGUCUAUUAAAAUUUGUUUCUGUCCUGCAUGAAAAUCAGAGUUGGUAGGUUUUUUCGGCUGAUGUUUAUGAGACAAACAUUUAAAAUUUGGCUCAACAAGUAAGAGAGAAGCAACUUCUGCUCAUUAAGUUGCUCUUUUUUAUUCCUCCAGGGUUCUCUGUCACUGAAACUGCCAGUAGGAAAAGCUGUCGUCCAGUCUAUGUCCUUUCACCCCACAGAGACCCGCCUCCUUACUGCCAUGGAGGGGCGUGUCCAGGUGUGGGGGGCGGAACCAGAGGAGCCAGAAGAAGAUGCAAUGGCCACAUAGCGAUGGUGGAAACAGUCACAUGCUUGGAACUCAACUUUUCCUUCUAGUCUUAUAAGCUGUGACUCUAAACUGAGCAGAAAAACAUUGAACUGAACCUGAUGGUGUCAUGUUUCUAUGACUGAAAGCUCAGCAAAGAUUUGACCUGUAAAGACAAAUGCUGGACAGAAGUGCAGAUAUGAUAAGGAAGAAGUUCUGCUGACCUUUUGUUAUAUAGAUGUACAUUUUCUAUCUCUAAAUCCCUUUUAAGGAUCAUUACAGAUACCAAAUGAAACAUAUUUUUGAUAUGGAGCCGUUAAUAAACACUUGUAUGAAUUACUCUCUCCACACACGCUUUGUUACUCUUAAAAUGGAGGUUAGAGGAUUCAAAUAAAGGCACACCCACCACUGUUAAGAUCUGUACAAAUUGAACUUUAUUAGGAACUUCAUACACCAAAUUCAUUAGGAUAUGUAAAGUACAAAAUAAGUUAAUCAGCUGGACAAUAUAAUGGCAACAAAUAAAUAAAUAAUUUAUUUUACAUAAAUA